AUGAAUAAUCCACUUGGCCUGAUUAUUGCUCCAACAAGAGAACUCUGUAUGCAGAUAGAGAAACAGGCUAAAGAACUAAUACAAGGCUUGCAGAGCAUGAAGACAGCACUACUUGUUGGUGGUCUGCCUAUUCCUCCCCAGCUUUACCGCCUCCAGACAGGAGUACAGAUUAUUGUUGCUACUCCAGGGAGGCUUUACGAGCUCCUUAGCCAAUCCAGUGUUGAUCUUUCAUUUAUCAAGCUCUUUGUGUUGGAUGAAGUUGAUACCAUGCUGCAGUUGGGAUUUCAGCACCAAGUAAUGUUGUUGUUACUAACCUAUUUUCAGUUUUAAAAAAGUCAUCAAUUGAACAUAGAGGCUUUUCCAGACUUGCCAACCCAUAAGAGGCAAAAAAUCGUGAUAUUCUUAACCUAGAGCUGCCAAAAGUAGUGGGAACUGGGAAAAAGUCGUGAGAUGUACCAAAUUUCCUAGUGUAAGCACUUACAGCAGGGAGUUAGGGUAUUACAAGUCCCAUAUUUUUAAAGCUACAUCAGUAAACGUCAAAAUGACAAAGAUAUGUUGGCUGAAGAAUGUAAAAAAUGCACCGAGUUGGCAAUUCACACCUUUACUAAUCAAACCCGACUGCUAGGCAUUUUCUUUAGACUAAGUUUGCUAUGGACCCUAGGGAUGGUCCAAAAAAACCUUUGGAGUAUGACUUUCGCGAAAGUGUGAGAAAUCAGAGAGAGCAUGAGAUAGGUCGUUAAAUGGUGUGGCUUACAACAAAGUUGUGAGACUUGGCAAGUCUGCUUUUCACAUGACGUCGCAUCUGCCAUUUUGGUGUCCCAAAACAGUAAAACCGUGGCCAUGUUGGUGUGGUAAACCAGUCCUUUGAGAGUUGAACUCUUGUCGUAUGUAAACAUUUUAUUUUGUAUCAAUUCAUUUGCAUAACUGUUGGCCACAUGAGGGAAAAUACUCCAUACUUAAUACAAAUGUAUUCAUUUGUUUAUUUACUGCCCGCUAUGCCCGCUGACAUGAAGGGCGGCAACAAACGUCCUCCACUCCUUUCUGUUCUAGGCCAGCUUCCGGAUGGUACCCCAGGUGUGGUUUAGGGUCUUCAUCUCUCCCUUUACCGUUCAUUGCCAGGUGUUCUUUGGUCUGCCUCUCUUGCGCUUGCCUUUUGGUGUCUAAUCCACCUCCACCUGCUCCUCAUGAUGAUGGUCUCCAUCCUGUCCCGACGACAACGAGCAAACAGUUGUUCAUUUGAGAUGCUGUUGGACCAGAAGAUUCUCAGGAUUCUCCGCAGGCUCUUUGUGUGGAAAAUGGAGAGCUUGCUAUGCUCACUGGAAGUCAUCCUUAAAACACUUUAGGCCAUAUAACAAGGUAGAAAGUACACAGCUCUGGUACACCUUCAGCUUUGUCUUUGUGCGGUACGCUGGACCUCCAAAAAUUGUUGAGCAUUCUGAAGAUAUUUCUGGCCUUGCUUAGAUGGUUUUUAACGUUGUUAACUGCUCCUCUAUCACAUCUAACAGUGCUGGCCUGAGUAGGUAAACUGCUCAGUCCUUGGUAGAUCUUCUCCAUUCACCUGCACGGAUGGGAGUUUGGGAUGUUCAAUGUCAUCACCUGUCUUCUUCUGGCUGAUCUUCAGGCCUAUCUGCAGAGCGUAUGUGUUAAGGCGAGAUGUCUCCUCGUGGAUGUGUUGGUGGGUGUGGGAGACCAGAGCCAGGUUAUCAGCCAAGUCCAGGUCUUCAAGAGCUCUUAAGAGGGUCCAUCCUAUGCCUCCUGUCCGAUCUUCUGUUGUUCGUUGCAUCACCCAGUCAAUAGGGAACUUACGAAACUACGACGGCGACGGCAAUGGCAACGUCAAAAAGCAAUAGGUUUAGUUAGCAAAUCAACAACUCUGCACGUGCAUCACGCUUUUUUGUACAUUUCCUUGCUGUCCUUGCACUACUACCGCAUGAAAUGACCAAAUUUUAAGUUUUUUUGAGGACGGGAACAGCAACUGAUAAAUUCUACCAUCUGUGUCUGAACUCGGGUGCGGACCCCUCUCUUCAGCUCCAGCACAAAUUCCCGUCUUUUAAGUAGCUGGGCGACUUGGGAUAAUCGCAAAGUGGUUUGAAAGGAUGCGGAGUCUAUUUUUCAGCGAAGUUUUCAUGGACGUCCCUGUUGUCGGAUCAUAAGGUCCCUAAUGGUGAUGUUGAACAGGAGAGUUGACAUCACACAGCCUUUCCUCUCUCCAGUCUGCAUUUGGAAACUGUGGUCGUUGUUUCCUUCUGUGCAUGUGAAAUUGUUGUGAAAGCUCUUGAUGAGAAGACAACUUGGACAACUUGGAGUAUACGACAAAGGCUGUCCCUGUGUAUGCUGUUAAAAGUUGAUGUAGAACUGUCUCUGCCAUUCCGUGCACUGCUCGAUGAUGAUGAUGACAUCAGCUUCUUCUGUUUGUGACAGCCUGUUCAGGACUUCACUGAUGUGUUCUACCCAGCCAGUGUCUAUCUCUGCUUCUGAUGUUAGCAAUCAUCCCGGAUUGUCUCUAACUGGUGUAUUGGUAGGUCCAUGAUACUUGCCGCAGCUUACCUUGGUGAUCUUAUACAUCUUCCCUUGCUCUCCUUUGCUGGAUGCGUCUUCUGCCUGCCUUCCAAGGUCAUCUAUGAACGCUCGUUUGUCUGCUGUUGCCAAUUUCUUCACUUUUCUGUCUGCCUCUUGGCACUGUUGCUUGUGCCUUUCUUUAAGCUUCUCGGAAUUGGCCUCAAUGAACUGUUUCUUCAAGUGUCACCAAGUUUCUGCUGGGAUUCAUUCCUUCUUCCUUUCUCUUGUACCCAAGCCAGCUUUACUAGUCUGAUCAGAAUGCGUGUAGUCCUCCAAAUCUGCCAGGGCUUGAAACUUUUUCUUCAGAUGCAGAACAAAGGUACUUGUAACUUUAGGGUUUUGUAUUUUCUCCACGUCAAACCGCUGCUUUCAGGGUCUUUUACCCCAUGUUUUCCUCAGCUUCACUCUCAAUUCUGCCACAACCAUAUCGUGAUCACUGCCAAUGUCAGCUCCCUUCUUCUCUCUGACGUACAUAAGUGACAGCUGCCAGGUACCGUUGAUCUUGAAGUGGUCUAUCUGUUUUUUAUCCCUUUUGUUGGGAGAUUACCAUGUCAGCUUGUGGAUAUCUUUGUGUGGAAAGAGUGUUCCUCCGAUGAAGAGGUCGUAAAUUGUGCAGAGUUUCACCAGCCACUCUCCAUUCUCAUUAAUGGUACCACAGCCCUCUCUUCCUACGGCUCUCUCGUAGUUGGUGUUAUCUCUUCCAACCUUUGCAUUCAUGUCCCCCAUCACAAUGUUCAUGUCAUGCCUUGGUAUUUCUUCUAACUCGGCUUGCAACAGAUCAUAAAAUGUGUUUUCACUUCUUCAUCAUUGUUACUUGUAUGAGCAUAACACUGUUUGAUCGUCAAAUUGAUCUGCUUCCAUCUCACCCUGAUCUUUUAUAAGUCUGCUGUUGACAGGUUUCCACUCCAUCAAGCAAUUCCCUGUACCUUUCCUGAGGAUGAUGGCCACCGCCUAAUUUUGUUGGUUGUCAUCUCUUCCUGAGUUUUGAACUGUCUCUCCUGUAUUAGUUCUGAGUCUUUUCCAGACCCCAUCCAUCUACUCUCAAUAAAUCUUAGGAUAUGCAGAUUGUAGUGUCUUAUCUCUGAUGUUACUUGACCAAACCUACCGAUCUUAUUCAUUGUCCUCACAUUCCAAAAUCCUAUCCUGGUCAUCCUAUCCUCGGAUUUGGUGCUUAGGACAGAUUCCAUCUUCCUAUCAGCUUUCACCACUUUGUUUCAUCCAAGUAUCUUCCGAUAACUCUGGAAGCCCAUUACAACCAGUUGUUUUGGUUCCUUCUGUUGCUCCUUUCGUAAUAAAAGACUUUUUAUGGGACUGGAUUGUUAGUCCAGUGCCCAAACCCCAACCUGGAGGGACAGUGGAUCUCUUUUCGUCUGACCUCUACUCUUCGACCUGCCCAGCAUGGGUGGCCCAGCCACUCUCUCCAGGUCACUGAGGUACACAAGCCUCUUGACCACUGACAACAGGGUAAUAAUCCUCCAGGGAGACUUAAUACAAAUGUAAGGCAAAAAAUAUGAUAACUGUUUUUAGGUGAUUUUGGAGAAAAAUAAGCUCUUUGAACCUUUCGUUACAAAAAUUUUACCACUUCUCUGUGAAAAUAACGGACAAUUUAAAAAAGCCUUGCAAGCAAGAUGAGAUUUUCGUGGUGUACGUAUAGGCAAAUAGUUCUUUUCUUUGUUAACUGCUGCUAAUGUUUUCAUGACAGGUUCAAUCAAUUUUGAGGAACUUACCUGAAGUGAAACAAACCUUAAUGUUUUCAGCCACAAUUCCUCCGUCAAUUGAAAGGAUGGCUUCCCGGCUUCUUAUAAAUCCUGUGUGCAUCUCUGUUGGGUUGCCAAGUGCACCUAAUGAUUCUGUUAAACAGAUUGUGCUAUGGGUAGAAGACAAGUCCAAAAAGAAACGCCUUUUCUCAAUUCUUCUGGACUCCAAACAUUUCAGGCCUCCAGUUGUUGUGUUUGUGGAUUCCAAGAUGGGUGCUGAUCUGCUUGCAGAGGCAAUACAUGAGGUACNCACUGACAACAGGGUAAUAAUCCUCCAGGGAGACUUAAUACAAAUGUAAGGCAAAAAAUAUGAUAACUGUUUUUAGGUGAUUUUGGAGAAAAAUAAGCUCUUUGAACCUUUCGUUACAAAAAUUUUACCACUUCUCUGUGAAAAUAACGGACAAUUUAAAAAAGCCUUGCAAGCAAGAUGAGAUUUUCGUGGUGUACGUAUAGGCAAAUAGUUCUUUUCUUUGUUAACUGCUGCUAAUGUUUUCAUGACAGGUUCAAUCAAUUUUGAGGAACUUACCUGAAGUGAAACAAACCUUAAUGUUUUCAGCCACAAUUCCUCCGUCAAUUGAAAGGAUGGCUUCCCGGCUUCUUAUAAAUCCUGUGUGCAUCUCUGUUGGGUUGCCAAGUGCACCUAAUGAUUCUGUUAAACAGAUUGUGCUAUGGGUAGAAGACAAGUCCAAAAAGAAACGCCUUUUCUCAAUUCUUCUGGACUCCAAACAUUUCAUGCCUCCAGUUGUUGUGUUUGUGGAUUCCAAGAUGGGUGCUGAUCUGCUUGCAGAGGCAAUACAUGAGGUACGUCAGUCAGAAUAAAGGAAAGAAUCUAUAUUGGAUAUAUGUUUGUUGGGCAAAAGAUUCUAUUCAACUUUUGAUUUAGGCCUAAUAAUAAUAAUUUAUUUCUAGCGCGUUACAUUUAAUCUCAAUGCUCUUACAAAAAAUAAAAUACGUCAGAAAAUUACAAAUAAAUUCAAAAAUAAAAGUAAUAUUACGAUUCUAAUUUAAAUAAAGUAAAUAAAAAUGUUUUAAGUCUAAUUUGUCUUAAACAUUGGUCUAUAUAGACACGAAUUGUCAUUAACAUUUGAACGGAGACUACUAUCCGGUUGAUGAACAUUGAAUAGAUCAUUCAAAUACUUGGGUGCUAAACCAUUUAAAAUCAUAUAUAGGUAAUGAGCAAAAACAUAAAGAUGAUACGUUCUCUAACGGGCAGCCAAUGAAGCGUGUGGAGAAUUCGAGUGAUGUGAUCUCCUUUCCUAGUUUUUGUAACCAGUCGAGCGGCUGAGUUCUGAAUACGCUGAAGUUUCUAGAUUUCUUUAUCAGGGAGCCACACAAUAGACUGUUGCAAUAGUCCAAUUGAGAGGACACAAAGGUGUGAAUCAGUUUUCUGUUCUCGGUUGAUCCAGAUGCUAGCGAAUAUUACCGAUACGCUUGAGGGCAAAGGAUGCAGAUUUGCAGAGAUUACUCACAUGAGUAGACAUCAUCAAGUACUGGUCAAGGGUCACCCCAAGAUCACAGGCACUUACGCUUGCCUUGCUCAUAGAGCCAUCAAUAGUCACCAUGGCUACAGGCUAUACUGUAGAUAACGAGAUGAAAAAUGCACAAUUUCCUUUUUUAAUGAGUUGCACAUUAAUUUGUUCUUAGUCAUCCUUGACCUUCCAAGUAUGAUAGACGAGCUGGACAAUUUUGCAUAAUUCUCGAAACUGUCUUGGUAGAUGGAUAAAAACGUAGACACUUUAUUUUACGUAGAAAAUAUGCUUAUACUUGGCACUGGUAAAAUUAAGGAAAUAAUUGAAAUACAAAUUACAUCUAAAAUUAAGAUAAAUAGAUAAAUUUUCUUUGCCAUCGCUAUCUAUACGUCCUUGUUUGUUGUAUAUAUAACAGUAAAAAAAUCUUAACACAAAGAGUAAACUAUGUUGUUAAAACAAAUGACUUAUAUAGCAUGUAACAAUGAAGAUACAAAGCACAUGCACUCAACAGGGACCACUAAAUGUAACUUGAUAGUAAUGGAGUGGUAUGAUUUAUUCUUAGAUGUGUGAUCUUGCAUGUUUGUCUAUGCAUGGUGACAAAUCACAGAGUGAAAGGAAUAAAGUGCUGGAGUCAUUUCUUGCUGGUGAAUGUCCUGUUCUUGUUUGCACACCAGUACUUGGAAGAGGAAUUGAUCUUCCCAAUGUUAGCCAGGUAAACAUUUAAACACUAAGAGUCCAUUUUCUUAUUUUAAUACAUGUACAUAUAGUAUAUAUCACAAAAUAGUAACCUCUGUUCAUAAGGUGAUCCAUUUGAAGACAUAGUAAUGAAAAAGAAUUUGAAGAUUGUGCGUUGAAAUUUGAACGUCUCCCACCAAAAAAUGUCUCUGUUUUUCUAUUGGCAGUAGACUAUUAUUUAUAGUUUCUAAAUACGCUAUGUUUAAUUUUUUUAUACUUGGAUCAGAUUAAUGGCUCACUUGAACCUUAACAGACGGUAGCAUAUAAAGUGGUCAGCAAACUAGCCAUACCAUUAACAAAUAAUAAUUAAAAUGAUUACUACAACCCCCUCUCCAACAAAAGAAAAACAAGUUUUUAAAUGAGAUAAAACAUGCUUAACUCGAUUCGUCUUCAUUUGCCUAUUCCUCGGCAACUUCAGGAGAUAAGAGUUGCUCAGUGUAAGAGGUAAUCUUCAAAAAGCAGUUUAAUUCCGUCGAGUUGUAUUUUAGGUGUUUUUGCUAUGUUUUUAGGCAGUACUUUGGCUAAUUCUUUUUUUCAAAACGUGUGAAAUUUUCCGCCAUUUUCUUGAGUUCUAGCAAAGCAGCUGAGUUGAGCUGGUUGCCGCCCUUUCUUCUUUCGAUAUCCUGUACUGUUGACGUCAUUUUACUAGAUAUCGCAAACGUCUUCCAAAUUUGGUGAACACUAGCUAGUUUUGGAGAAUUAACCAGAGGAUUUGUGCCAAUCAGCAAACGAUAAAUAUUUUGAAUGAAUAAUACUUGUACAUUUGCGCCAUUUAAGAUUUUAUCACUGCUUGCUGUUCGCAGUUACCCGAAAAACUGUAGUUUAAAGAAAAAGAGAGAGAUAAGAAAGGGUUUAAAUAGACUAAUGAAUGUUUGCGUUUCAGGUGAUCAACUUUGAUAUGCCUUCAUCAGUUGAGGAAUAUGUCCACCAAGUGGGGCGAGCUGGCAGAUUAGGGAAA